AUGGAUACACAAGAAGAGAUAACACGAUAUGAUAAUAUCUCACAAAUGGAUGAUGAUUUUCUGGCACCAUUUUUAAAUGAGUCUCAAAAUACUUCAAUACAUAGCCAAGAGUCUUGUCCGGAAGUUGAAGUUGUCACCCCUAAUCCAACAAAACGUGGUAGCAACUUCAGUGUAGAUGAGGACAACCUCCUUGUCUCUGCAUGGCUUAACACUAGCAUGGAUGCCGUGCAAGGUACUGACCAAAGGAUUGAACAAUUUUGGAAGAAAGUUUGGCAGUACUUUUGUGAGAAUAAUACUUACGGAACCACACGUUCUGCUUCCUCCCUCCAAAGUCGAUGGGGAAAUGUUAAUAGAGAGACAAGUAGGUUUGCUGGAUUCAUGGCUAAAGUUGAAGCCCGAAAUCCAAGCGGUGCGACUUAUGAGGACAAGUUGAAAGAAGCAAAGGAACUAUAUAGAGAUUCACCAACUUCAACAAGCGGCAAAAAAUCAGUUUUUGCAUUUGAGCAUUGUUGGGUUGUGUUGAAGAACCAACCAAAGUGGGGCAUGCCUAAGGAAAGAUCAAAGGGGCUCCCUCAAACUCCAAGUUCAAUUGAUCAAGUUUGUAGUAAUAAUGAUGACACAAUGGAGGUAGAGAGACCAAUUGGCAGAAAAGCCGAAAAGGCUAAGCGAAAGAGAUCAGAUGGUGAUAAGGGUUUUGAGGAUUAUUUGGUGAAAAAAAUGCAAUAUAUGCAAGAAUCACAUGAACAAGACAAUGAGGCUCUUCGCAUCAAAGCGGAUAGGGUUCGAGUGGAUGCGCAAAGAGUUGAUAUUGAAAAGGAAAGAGCUGAUAUUGAAAAAGAAAGGCUUCGUCUUGAAACUAGUAGGGAGAUGCAUAGAGUUGAUAUUGAAAAUGAAAAGCUUCGUCUUGAAACUAUUAGGGAGGAAGGAAGAAUAAUGACCUUGGAUACAAGUGGCAUGAAUGACAAAGAAAAACUUUAUUUUGAAAAUCUCAAGAAUCAAAUCCUUGCAAGACAACAAUCUUGA